CUUCCACUCGUGCGUGAGGCGAGCAGAGCCGGAGACGAGACCAGAGGCCGAACUCGGGAUCUGACAAGAUGGCCGGGCUGCCCCGCAGGAUUAUCAAGAAUCUCUCAAAUUAUGUCAUGUUAUCAAUCUAUCUGAAAAUUUAUUGAAGAUAAUAGUAUGGCUACUUUCCCACAGAAACGUCAACUACAAUUAACAUGCCGGAAACCCAGCGUUUGCUGGCAGAACCAGUUCCCGGCAUUAAAGCAGAACCAGAUGAGAGCAACGCCCGUUAUUUUCAUGUGGUCAUUGCUGGCCCCCAGGAUUCCCCCUUUGAGGGAGGGACUUUUAAACUUGAACUAUUCCUUCCAGAAGAGUACCCAAUGGCAGCCCCUAAAGUACGUUUCAUGACCAAAAUUUAUCACCCUAAUGUAGACAAGUUGGGAAGAAUAUGUUUAGAUAUUUUGAAAGAUAAGUGGUCCCCAGCGCUGCAGAUCCGCACAGUUCUGCUGUCGAUCCAGGCUUUGUUAAGUGCUCCCAAUCCAGAUGACCCGUUAGCAAAUGAUGUAGCGGAGCAGUGGAAGACCAAUGAAGCCCAAGCCAUAGAAACAGCUAGAGCAUGGACUAGGCUAUAUGCCAUGAAUAAUAUUUAAAUCAGUCUGAUCAUCAAGUGUGCAUCACUUCUCCUGUUCUGCCAAGACCUCCUUCCUUUUUUGUUUGCAUUUAAUGGACACAGUCUUAGAAACAUUACAGAAUAAAAGCCCAGACAUCUCCAGUCCUUUGGUGAUUAAAUGCACAUUAGCAAAAUCUGUCUUGUCCUGAUUUACUGUUGUAAAGCAUGAGCAGAGGCUAGAAGUAUCAUCUGGAUUGUUGCGAAACGUUUAAAAGCAGUGGCCCCUCUCUGCUUUUAAUCAUUUCUUCCCCAUCAUGGUUUAAGUAUAAAGCACUGUGAAUGAAGGUAGUUGUCAGGGUUAGCUGCAGGGGUAUGGGUGUUCUUCUUUAUUUUAUUUUAUUUGCUUUUUUUGAGGGGGGAGGUAGUUUUAUUUUAAAUUUAUAGGCUCCUUUCCCCCUUUUUAUGGUGAUCUAAUUGCAUUGGUUAAAAGCAGCUAACCAGUUGUUCUUUAGAAUAUACCCUCUUUAUUUAGACUCAGUAGAUGGACAAGCUUGAUUGUUUGAACCAAAAUGGGAACAUUAAACAAACAUCACAGCCCUCACUAAUAACAUUGUGACUUUGCUAUCAAGUGUAGAAUCUUCCCUUUAAGAAAAAGCUUGUGACCAUUUUGGCUUGUCUGGAAACUUCUGUAAAUCUUAUGUUUUAGUAAAAUAUUUUUUGUUAUUCUA